AUGCACGUUCCAUUCUCUCCUCUCCUUGCAUAUGCGGCCCUUGUCGCCGCUGGACCGACUCUCAGCCCUCGCGCUGUGGACAAGCUCGACGAAGCGGCCACCGCCGAGGCUCAGCAACGGGAUAACACGGCCACCAGGGCGUUUUCCAAUGUCCAGAUCAAGACCUCUGAUGGCAAGUGCCUCUUCGUCGACAAACUCUCGGGCGACUUCCGCGCCAACUUGACCCCCAUUCAGGUUGCCGAGUGUGGCUCGACUGACGGACAGGGCUGGGAUGUCAUCACCCAAGGCAAGCACAUUGAUGUUACUGGCGCCAUGCUCGUUGUGAGCACCCUGACCAACGCCUGCUUCAACUUUGACCCACGCCGCAAGGCUGGCAACCAGGUCCUUCUCUUCUCAUGCGGUGGACGAGCCGCUGGCGUUAGUAUGUCAAUUCUGAUGCCGUUUGGUGUUUUCUCAGAGGGACAAGCCACGACCUCGCAAAUAUUUGCUUUCGAUGGCGGGGCAGGUCCGCUGUCAUUCAAGCCCGCCAACCAGGUGGGCUCGUGCUUCACUGUCAAAGGCAACGUAUUGGACAUUGCCAAGUGCGAUACUGCCGAUGCCAAGCAGACCUUCACCUUUGGCGGAGCGGCUGCCGGCGGUGGCGCCGGUAACGGGAACGGCAAUGCGGUGUCUUCGUCUGCAGCUCAAACGGACAGUGUCACGGCUCCUACUGCCAGCACUACGGCCCAGUCGGGCAACGGUGGAAACAACGGCAAGGGCAAAGGAAAGGGGACCCAGACCACUCCCGCUGCAGAGACCUCCACUACGGCCGGUGCGAGUAAUGGAAAUGCAGGCAAUGCUGGCCAGGAAACCACCAGCACGCCCUGCACGCGCCGCACGCGUACCGUCUUCGUCACGCAGAAGCCGACGGGCGUGGUCUUGAACCCGGCUCAGCCGGGCGGUGCCGAGACUCCCGCGCCCACGGCCAAGGCCACGGCCAUCCCGAACCCGACGACCCCGGUCCCGGUCUCGCGCGCCGGCGGCACUCUGGACCCCUCGGCCGCCGCGCAGGCCCAGCAGCGCGACGAUACGGCGGACCGGGCCUUCAGCUCCGUUGAGAUCCGCGCGCCCAAUGGACAGUGCCUGUUCGUGGACCCGACCGCCGGCGACUUCCGCCAGAACCUGAUCCCGGUGUCGCUCGUGGACUGCUCCGGUACGGACAACGAGAAGUGGGACGUUAUCACGAAGGGCAAGCACAACGACGGGACUGCCAAGGGCGCGCUGAUCGUGAGCAGUCUCAUGAAUGGGUGCAUCAGCCUGGAUGGACGGCGCGCCGCUGGGGAUACGGUCACCAUGUUCAGCUGCGGGGGUCGGGCCGAUGGCGAGGGCGGUACCAACUCUGGCCAGAUCAUGCCUUUCGGCGGCGAGACGAGUUUUGCGUUUGUGCCGGUGGCGGAGAAUGGCAAGACGUGUAUCCUGAAUGGGCCGGAUGGAAGGUUGACGUCGGGACCAUGUCCUACUGACGGGUCUCAGCUUUUCUCAAUUUUCCCUUGA